AUGAAGGUAUAUAUAGUGGAUAGUCUGACAAGCUAUGUCGUUAUGUUCGAAGCGCAGAUCGAGAUGAGGAUGUUCUUCAUUACCCUCCCCUGCCACCACUGGGGGGGAAGAGAAGCCAUGCAGAAAGCCAAGGAUGAUAAGUAUCGGGGAACUGAGUGGGCGAAAUCGUUGUUGUAUUGA